UGAGUUCCUUUUCAGCUCAAAACACCAAAGAUUAUCGUGAAUAACGACACGUUAGGGUUCAUUUUUACACCUUUUCUGAAACGAUUUCAAGGACUUGAGUUGAUGAAAUAAAGCUUACGUUAUUUAUAAGAGGGAAGACAGAAAGAAACCAGUGAAUUUCUUUGUAUAAAACGUCUGAAUUGUCGAUCGUACUUUGUACAGAAGACAGAACUUGAUGUAUUAUUGAUCUAUUUUUGACAGCUGUUUAUGCAAAUCUCUGAGAUCAUUUGAAUCUUGAUCAGCAUAGUGGAAAAACAGUCUAAACAACAACAUUUCGUUUUUUAAAAAUGUUGUUAAAACUAUAUUUGUGUGUUGUUGCAACAUUAUUUGGCAACUUUUGUAUGAUUCUGGGUGACAUUGAAAAAAUCUCACUGCGUAUGCCUGGCGUUACACCUAAAAAGGAUGAUAGCUACUUUUGCAUGUCCUAUAAACUUCCACCUGGAGAUUUAUUUAUAGUGAAAUAUGAACCAGAUGCCCACAAAGAAACAGCACAUCAUAUGCUGUUAUUUGGAUGUCAAGCACCAGGCAGUUAUCAUAAAGCUUGGAAUUGUGGUGACAUGGGAUCUGGGACUUGCUCUGGAUCUGAGUCUAUUUUGUUUGGAUGGGCACGAGAUGCUCCAGCACUUCAACUACCAAAAGAUGUUGGAUUCAAAAUCGGUGGGAAUACAGAAAUACAGUAUCUCGCACUUCAAAUACAUUAUGCUCAUGCACUUGAAGAGAAACAUUAUGACAGAUCAGGAUUGACAUUGCAUGUGACUUCAGCACCACAGCCGAACUUGGCAUCAAUAUACCUUCUGAUGGCAAUAAAUGCAUUCAUUCCACCUCAUUCUCAAGGGGUUCACGUGGACAUCGCGUGCAAAUACGAAAGCGACCAAGAAAUCAAUGCUUUUGCCUUCCGUACGCAUGCGCAUGAUUUAGGUCGUGUCAUCACGGCAUAUCGGAUAAGAAACAAUACUUGGAAAUUACUAGGCAAGGGUGACCCCCAAGCUCCACAGGCAUUUUAUCCAAUGGAUAAUGUUACAAUGAUUAAAAAAGGAGACAUUUUGGCUGCGAGAUGUACCUACGAUACUGUGAAUAGUGGAAAAACUUCAGCUACUCUGAUUGGUUCAACAGCUGCUGACGAGAUGUGUAAUUUUUACAUGAUGUACUAUCGAGAUGCGAACAGCAGUAUAUCCACGCCUGAGGUCUGCGCAGAACAGCAUGAGUACGAGAACCUUUACGAUUCCUUUCCAAUCGGUUCUGAUGUUGCUCUUCGCUCUGGUCCAGGCCACCAUCACCAUCAUCACCACCAUGGUAGUCCCGAGAAAGAGGCUGGGAACGAGUCUGCUGAUGUCGCAACUGGCAGCAAGAUGACUGGCACGAGUCAAGUGUUCCCCACAAGUGUCCCUGAGACAACCACUGUUCAGACCUCUACGAGUGAGAGAAAGUCCACAGAGAAACCGUUGACUAGAACUUCAAGCAGCGACCAAAAAUCCGGUGGCCAAAUAAAUAAUGUGCAUGAAGAUGGCUCGGAUCAAAUUGGCACACAUGGUGACGUCAGUAACGGUGAUGAUGAUGAUGACGUAAGUGAUGGUGGUGACGUUAAAGAUGGAGAUGGUAAUGUUAAAGAAGCUGAUGGUAACGUCGAAGCUGACGGUGUCAUAAAGGUUGAUGCUGGUAUCAAAGAUGGUGAUGACGUCAAAGAUGAUGAUGACGUCAAAGAUGAUGAUGACGUCAAAGAUGAUGAUGACUUAAGAGAUAGUGGUAACGCUAAAUAUGGAGAUGGUAAUGUAAGGGAUGAUGACGACAAAAAAGAUGAAGAUGACGUCAAAGAUUAUGCGAAUGGUGCCAAAGAUCUAAAUCACGUCAUCCAAAGUGACGUCACAAGCGACAGACCUACUACCCACACCACGUCUUACCAACAAGCCAGAGAAAUGACCACAGAGAACACAUUGCAAGAAACAACACGAUCCCCGCAAGCAAAAACAUCUCGUUCCGUCACAAGCGACGUCUCAACAAGUACUUCGAUUUCCGAGCAAAUUACGACGGUCUCCGAGCUCCCGAGCGGUUCAAAAUUUCCUCGAACGACAAGAUCCACCAAAAAAUCAACUUCGACGUCUUUUGACGAUCACAAUUUAUCCAAGACUACAUCAAGUAUUGGCGGAGGACGGUCACAAGUUGAACCUUCUGUGGCGUACGGAGUAACGGGCUUUAAUGUUUCUCUGGUGGAAUCCUGGCCGUUUGAAGUGACGGUGGGCUUGGGGCAAGUGACUGGCUUAGCAGUGGAUACCGCUGGUCGCUUGUUCGUGUUUCAUCGCAGUGAACGAACCUGGGAAGCGGACACGUUCAACAUAGACGAUUCAUUCCGGAAUCCGCAAAUCCGCGGUCCCAUCCGUGGCUCUACCAUCUUGGUUUUGGAUGGUGUCAGCGGUAAAGUCCUGGAGAAACAUGGCGAAAAUAUGUUUUAUAUGCCUCACGGUCUUACCAUCGAUCACCAAGAUAAUGUAUGGGUCACUGACGUUGGCCGUCAUCAGGUGAUGAAGUUCCCUCGUGGCGAAUUCAAAAAGCCGACUUUAGUUUUGGGUAAAAACCUUGUUCCUGGCUCCGGAUACGAACAUUUCUGUAAACCAACUGAUGUGGCUGUGGAAAAAUCUGGUGUCUUUUAUGUUUCUGAUGGCUAUUGCAAUAGCAGAAUCAUGAAGUUUUCGCCUGAAGGUCGGGUUAUGAGAGUGUGGGGGAAGGCCUCCCGGCAAAAUGUUCCUCUUCCGGGCACAUUCGCUAUUCCGCACAGUCUAACUCUGGACGAGAACAGAGGAAUGCUGUACGUCGCUGAUCGAGAGAACGGUAGAAUUCAAUGCUUUGACACAGAAGGAAAGUUUCAUAAGCAGAUCUCAUCUCCAAAAUUUGGAGGACUCGUGUUCGCUGUCGUCUUCAGUAACCAAGAUGACGUUCUUUAUGCUGUGAACAGUGGUUUCAAAACUAAAGUUCAAGGAUUUACGAUUAAUCCACGCAGUGGAGAUAUCAUCGCAACGUGGAGUCCUCACGGCAAGGGCUUCUCACAACCUCAUGCUGUCGUGUCCAAUGGCUCGAGUAUUUUUGUUGCUGAAAUCGGUCCCAACAGAGUGUGGAAAUUUGAACACCCGAGCAAAGUUUCUGUUAAAGACGAGAACUUUGUUCGUGGACUGAACGCGGCCGUCCAGGGAUCAAACCCAACAAAACCAUCUGACGAAACUACCACGGGCAAGCACGACGAUACCCGAAAGCCACCCAAGUCCAGUAAUAGCCCCGGGUACAUAAUAUUGGCCAUACUGAGUGUCCCAGUUGUCGUACUGCUUGUGGUUGGUUUGAUAAGUCGAUUGACUCGGGGUAGCCAUAGGUCACCCAAGUACGAUAUGAUGGAUGCCUCACUUGGAAAUCACACCGGUUCCGGGAAUUGGUGUAAUUCUAUGAACUGCUGCAACAGGCAAUAUCGUAACAUGGAAGAACUGUAUCUCAUGGACAGCGACAGCGAUAUCGACAUUUACCCCGAUGUGCGCGUGGGCAAAAAGUGAUUGGUCCGUGAUUGAGCAUGAACAUUAGAUCACGUGGCGGUUUGAAUUCUUAUCAGGGAGAUUUAGCAUGUCUUAAGACGUGAACGUCAAAGACGUGAAAAUGGCGAGUAAAUGGCGUGGCAUGUCCAUAUUUGGGCGCAUCACGCCAUUUAUUCGCCAUUUUCACGUCCUCUUUGACGUUCACGUCCUCAUGCUAAAUCGCCCUAUUGUAGAUCCAGGGCCUGUUUACACAUGUUCGCGCGGUUCUAUAGGGUCUGGCCUCUCUUUGAGAUUUCCAUUGCUGAAAUGAAACAAAGGAAAUGAUCAUUCAGUUUUUUUCGAGGAUCUGGUUUCUGGAUU